AUGUUUGUGCAAAGCGAGGCUGAGAAAUUCGAGGAGAGUGUAACAUCGAACACCAUGGCCUUCGAGACCACAGCGAUCACGUUCUUCAUCAUCCUGCUUGGGUGCUUCCUCUGUAUCCUCCUCUUACUGGCAAUAUUUCUAUAUAAAUGUUUCAGAGGUGACAACAAUGAAGACCCAGGGAAGCCCCUCUGUGCAGGCGAGAACAAUGGUGUAGACUGCUUAGGUAAUGCAGAGAUGGACAAACGCAAUCAAGACAAGGUCCUACUGCACUUCGUAAACAUGGACAUGCCAGUGAGACCUAGCAUUCUUGUGCAAAGGCAGAGUAGGGAAAAGAUGGCCACAUCCUCAGGAGACAACAUCAAGGCGGAAGAGUACAAAAACAGACAGACAUAUGAGCCUGCGAAUGCUAGAGGAUCCAACCAUGAGAGUGAGCUUGCUGAGAAAAUACCCAUACAUGUCCACAGAUCUUCAGUUGCCGGAAGCCAAAAAAGACCUUUAAAAGGAGUGACAUUUUCUAAGGAGGUGAUUGUUGUGGAUCUUGGAAACGAGUACCCUACACCUCGGAGCUAUGCUCGAGAACAUAAGGAGAGGAAGUGA